AAAAAAGGAAUAGAAAACCAAAGUUCGGAGAAACGUUUUCGCUCCAAGAUAGGUGAAAUACAGAAGCCUAAGAACUCUCAUUCCUUCCUGACAAUUCAAACAAAUAUUCCAUUUGACAAACACCGCACGCCAUAUUUUCAAUUUUUCUUCCGGUUUUUAUACCUUUUCCAGGACAAAUGCAUUCUUAGAUUUUAUUUUAUUUUUCUUUUCUUGAUUUGUCUUCCUACACUCUAUUCGAUUCUCGUGGUCAAUGGACGCAUCUAAUGCCCGGGUUCACUCAUUUUCCCAGACCGAGAUUAAUUGGGACAAGCUUGAUAAGACUAAGUUUUAUGUUGUUGGGGCUGGUAUCUUUACUGGGAUUACAGUGGCUUUGUAUCCAGUUUCUGUUGUAAAAACCAGGCUUCAGGUGGCUACAAAGGAUACUGUUGAAAGAAAUGCAUUUUCUGUUGUCAGAGGUAUACUGAAAACAGAUGGGAUUCCUGGUCUCUACAGAGGCUUUGGUACUGUCAUUACUGGUGCAAUUCCUGCUAGGAUUAUUUUUCUUACUGCAUUGGAGACCACAAAAGUGGCAGCUUUCAAGAUGGUUGAACCAUUUAAGCUAUCUGAGCCUGUGCAAGCAGCUGCAGCAAAUGGUAUUGCUGGCAUGACAGCAUCCCUUUUUUCUCAAGCUGUGUUUGUGCCAAUUGAUGUGGUUAGCCAAAAGCUGAUGGUACAAGGAUAUUCUGGCCAUGCAAAAUAUAAUGGGGGUCUGGAUGUUGCUAGGAAAAUUAUUAAAUCUGAUGGUGUCAGAGGAUUAUACAGGGGGUUUGGUCUAUCUGUUAUGACUUAUUCUCCAUCUAGUGCAGUAUGGUGGGCAAGUUAUGGUUCAAGUCAACGUGUCAUUUGGAGCCUCUUGGGCCAUGGUACUGACCGUAAGGGAACCACUCCUAGCCAGUUGACGAUAAUGUUAGUUCAGGGUACUGGAGGAAUUAUUGCAGGAGCAACAGCAUCUUGUGUUACAACCCCAUUGGAUACUAUCAAGACUCGCUUACAGGUGAUGGGACAAGAAAGGAAAAGCUCUGCAAGACAAGUUGUUAAGAACUUGAUUAAGGAUGAUGGUUGGGGAGGUUUAUAUAGAGGGUUUGGUCCGAGAUUUUUCAGCAUGUCAGCAUGGGGAACGUCAAUGAUAUUAGCCUAUGAAUAUUUGAAUUUGGAUAUCAAUCAUUUUUCGGAAAUGGUACUGUGGAAGAAAAAUCAUUGUAAAAUUUUGGUUCUCUGGUUCAUGACAACGUUGUCUGCGUGGCUAGUAGCAUUGGUAGUGAAGAACUCAACUUAUUUACUGCAUAGGAACCUCGGUUCCCUAAAGUACGAAGUAAUUUACAUUUGAAAAAUGGCCAAAAGUUCAAAGAAACAUCGAAUCAUUGUUCUUUAUUUUAUUUAUUUAUUUCUUUUUCUAAUACCGUGGUAACGAGACUGGUUAUGUUUGAAUCAAGGAGGUGAAGGGGCCGUUUCUUUGCACAGAAUCGCUAUGUAUAAUCAGUAAAUUCAUCUCCUAAUUGGCUUUUCUAGAACAGCCGAGAAGAAGAGCUCAUCUGCGAGUUUAUCUUUCUUUGGUACGACUCUCCAUAGUAGCUUCCUGUAGCUUAGCCUUGCAAACUCGUCCAAAUACAGCUUCAUAUCCUCUUUCUUACAGAAGAAACGAUCCACCCAAAGAAGACCCUUGGGUCGAAGGACUCUGUCCCAAUCGAAUAACACAAACUGGAGGAGUUUCAUAUCAAUCCACCCAUCCAAGAAGAGAGUAGAAUGAACAAUGUCUAGUGUGUUAUCAAAGAAGGGCAAUCUUGAUCC